AUGUUCUCUUUCAUCUCCAACAAGUCCUCCACCUGUGCUGAGUGCCGGUCGCUCGGUUCGGGAAAGUCUAAGUCUAAGCUCGACAAGAAGACCAUCGGCCGCCCCCGCGAAUACGAGUGGCCCGCCUUCCAGCCCCAGGUCCCGGCCAAGCCCAAGCACGUGGUCAUCCCCCUAAGCCAGGAGACUAUCGACGAGCUCGUUCGGAAGGGCCUCGGCACGCAGCUCAUCUCGCUCCAGGACGCUAGGAUGCGGGAGGAGCUCGUGCGCGGUAUCCCUCCCAGCAACACGAGGACGCCGAGGACGCCGAGGACGACAACCGACCCGACCAACCCGACCGACACCCAGUACCCAAGACCAAGACCGAAGACCGAGGACCCUGGAGCAUGCUGGCUAGGGCUUGGAUGA